CACUUAAUCUCAUUUUGUUCCUGAUGAUAGGAUGAGACGAUGUGCCCGCGUCUGGGCUCGCGCAUGCUGAGGUUACUGUGGCUUUAAAUAGAACGUCACGGCGGACAUGUUGCGCGUCACCGGGAACAACACAGCGAGCUGCCAUUUGUGUUGUUAGACCGCUAAGCGUGGCACCUUCUGACUCGGUCCGUCCCUUGCUUUUAUCGACAUGAUACUUAUUAUCAUGGGGGUGUCCGGGAGUGGGAAGACAACUGUGGGGUCUUUUCUCUCUGCGAAGCUGGGAUGGACGUUGUAUGAAGGCGAUGAUUAUCACCCUAAAGAGAACAUUGAGAAAAUGGCCAGUGGAGUUCCUCUGACUGAUCAGGACCGAACACCUUGGCUCCUCCUCCUGCAUGACAUAAUACAAAGAGAGAUGGCCGCAGGGACGAACGCCAUUGUGAUCUGCUCAGCGCUGAAGAGGCUGUACCGGCAGCUGCUGCUGUUCGGGCGCUGUGCCCUGGCGGGGGCGGGGGCGGGGGCGGGGGCCGAGGCGCGGGACACGCUGCAGGGCGUGCUCCUGGCCUUCCUGCAGGGCUCUUUGGAGCAGAUCCAGGAGCGUGUGCGGGCGCGGAGCGGCCACUUCAUGCCCGUCGCCCUCCUGCAGUCGCAGUUCGACGCCCUGGAGCCUCCCUCACCUGCCGAGAACGCGCUCACCCUCGACAUCCGGAAGGGUCCACUGGAGAUGGCCUCGGAGAUCGAGCGCGCUCUGUCCGCGCACUUGUAGCCAUGGGAACACACCGAAUUUCCGGAUGGGAAGGGGGGACCGAUUCCCAGACAGUGACUUUAAUGGGCCAACAGCUCUGCAUUCCAUACGCUGUCUCUGGAAGGCUGUUUCCAUAGCGACAACGGGACAAGGUGACAAUCCUCAGGAUGUGAGGGAUGACUCUGUCUGGCUGUUUUUGGGGGACUGACUCAAGGGGGGGGGGGGGUGGUAUUUCAGACCCCCGCCCCUCCUCAGCCAGGACAGCAGCUUUUGGCCUUUUCAUGACAAACUAUCGGAUUCCCAGCAAGGGCUUUGACCAAUCCUGUCUCAGCACCAAGAGAAGACCUGCACACUCCGUCAGAAUCAGCUCCACACAAGGAUACAUAGAACAGUGAUAGAGCAGAACAGUUUCAUAAUGGUGACUAACAUUGCUGAAGUAAGCUGCCCUGAAUACUUGCACUGAGACACCAAAAUUCAAUGGGACAGUUGUGACCCUAAAUGACUGCAGUGUUUAUGCAAGAAUCUGGCUCUAUAUCUAAUAAAGCCUAUGUUCCUUAA